UUUAUUGAUUUUUGCUGGCGCACGCAAUGGGUUCUCGAUUGCUAUAUGUGAGACAAAAUUCCCAGUUCCACGGAAACGGAAACUUAUACUCCUUUCCAUCACUCCUGCCCAACAGCUCGGCUUCUGCGUAACACUUCUCAUAAUGUCUAGCCCAGAGAAGAAAAUAUCCAUCGAGGAUAUUACUCCUACAUCGCAUUCUCACCAACAGUAUGGCCAAGCAACCUCCUCAGUGCUAUCGGAAGACCCAAACGGGGAACCUGUGACGGCCUCUCCCGCUCCUCCUGCGCCAAGGCAAAAGGUCUGGCAGUAUUUCUCGGCGGACGAUACCCCAGAAGAGCGGCGCCUGAUCCUCAAGCUCGAUGGUUUAAUUAUCGUAUUUCUGUUUUUGGCAUAUUGGGCCAAGGUCCUGGACCAAUCCGCCACGAGCACGGCCUAUGUUAGCGGGAUGAAGGAGGACUUGAAUCUGUUUGGAAACGAGUUGAAUUACUUGAACACCGUGUUUCAGUGUGGCUUUAUUGCUAUGCAGAUUCCCAUGACAAUGCUGAUGACGAGGGUGCCUGUGAACUACUUCCUCCCUGCAGCAGACUUGCUCUGGGGUGUUUUCACCCUGGUGCAGUACAAGGUUACCAAUGUUCACCAGCUGUAUGCCUUCCGCUUCUUUGUCGGUGUUUUGGGUGGUUUCUUCUUCCCAGCCGCGAUGUGGUAUAUGGGAUGCUGGUACAAGAGAUCCGAGUUGUCUCGCCGCGGAGCCUUUUUCUUCAUUGCCUCUCAGGUGGGGAGUAUGAGCUCCAGCUAUAUCCAAGCCGGUGCAUACAGCCACCUGGAUGGACGCUACGGUAUUGAGGGGUGGAGAUGGCUGUACAUUAUCUGCUUCGCAUGCACAAUCCCAAUUGCAGCUCUAGGAUUCGUCUGUCUGCCUGGCACACCCGAGUCCCCGAACUUCCGUUUCCUGACCGCAGCUGACGUAGAAUUGGCACGCGCCCGCAUGGCCUCUGAGCACCGCCAGGCCCGACAGAAAAUCACUGUAAAGAUUGUCCGGGACGUCAUCUUCAAAGGGUGGCAUUUCUGGGUCCUCGUCAUAUUCGCAUUUUUCUUCUCCCAGGCCGACGGCGUUGUGUCGAACAGCGGGUUACCUCUCUGGCUGAAGCAGCAGGGUUACAGCAUUGAAGACAUCAACAUUUUCACCACUGCAAGCCCAGCCGUGACCAUUGUUUCAUCUAUCAUAUGGGGCAUCAUCGCAGAUGCAUAUGAUUGCAAAGCUAGCCUGAUUGGGCUAACAGCUGCACUCAACAUAUUCGCCUGCAUCUGUCUGGCUAUCUGGGAUAUCCCUGUGGGCCUCAAGUUCUUCGCCUUCUAUCUCUCCGGAACAGCGGAUGCAAUUGCGUCCAUUAUCUACGCUUGGGCAAACGAGAUUUGCGCGGGUAACGCGGAGGAGCGCGCGCUGGUUAUCGCGACUAUGAAUACUAUUGGGAAUGCAUUCGGAGCAUGGCUGCCACUACUUGUGUGGAAAACCACCGACGCCCCAAGAUACCUCAUUGGAUAUAACUGGACCAUCGCUCUCGAUAUCUGCAUGGUCGCCAUGCUAUUUGUGCUCUGCCACUACUGGAACAGGGAGCAGCGGGAAGCGAGGGAGACAGAGAAGGUUGAGGAUGGGGGAGCAAUUAACUCCGAGAAAUCUGCGGUGUAA